GGCGCAGAUCUACGGUACAAAACUCAAAAGCAAACCAAAAGUGUGAAAAGAGAUCCAUUUGUUGGUGUUCAUUUGAAUGUUUCCUUUGAAAUUUGCUCUACGAGCUGCUCCAUUUCGUGCCCUCGCAAUUAGAAAUUUGACGUCCUCGGUUCGCCCAGCGUCAGCCGUUCAAAAGAAGUAUUUCUCUGCCAGCGUCGCCGCUAUGGGUGAAAAGAAAUUCACGGAGGAGGAGCUGCGUCAGCGUCUCACAAGCGAGCAGUUUGAGGUCACCCAGAACAAGGGAACUGAAGGUGCAUUCACCGGUGAGCUAGUGAAUGAGAAGGGCAAGGGCAUGUACAAUUGCAUCGUCUGCGGCGUGGAGCUAUUCUCGUCGGAUACCAAGUUUGACUCCGGUUCAGGAUGGCCAUCGUUCACUGAUAUUGCCAAUGCGGGAACCGUGAAGCUCAUCGAGGACAGUUCGCAUGGAAUGGUUCGCACCGAAGUCACCUGCGGAAGUUGCCAUGCCCAUCUGGGCCACGUGUUCAACGACGGUCCCGGUCCCAGUGGCAAGCGCUACUGCAUCAACUCGUGCUCGCUGAAGUUCGACAAGGAGUAAGCGCCACCUCUACCGUCCGCACCAUACACUGAUGAGUAGCAGCCUGAAGGUGGUAGCAACCUCCGCAGUACACGCCGCUCUAGUGGCAAUAACCGCUGCAUUUGAAGGCUCCAGAAGUUGAUAACCGUAGUCACUACAUGGGCUCACAGCCGUACGCCCUGCGCCCUACGACCUUCUUGCCACCGAUUGACUUACGAAGUGAGUAGAUAGAGAGAGCUCACAUGCUGCACAUGCUGACAAACUUGCACAACCUUUCUCACGACUUCCUGCCGAUGUUGCAUGGUAUUCGUCCUCGGAGACGACCUAAUUCACUCCCUCCCACUCUCUCUCUCUCUCUCUCUCUCUCAUCUUUCUACUACCAUUUCGAGAGCAGUGCUUCAUAUAUACUAAGUUAGAGCAUCAAGUAGAGUAAUAUAAUUAUAUUUCCCCCAGA